AAAUUAGGGUUUUGUUCUGCUCGAUUACUGAGGUUUUCUGCUCUCAAAAUAUCUGAUCAGUGCUAAGUGAUUUUCAAAUCAAAGUAUUUACUCAGGGCAGGACUACAUCAAUCAGAGAAAUCAUGUUUGCAGUUGAAAAUAUAUCUAUGGAAGUCGAACCGGCGAUCAACGAGUCGUCCUCGUCACUGUCGUCAUCUGGUAGUAGCUGCGGUCACUGGUAUGUUCGUUACGGAGUCUGCAUCGCCUGUAAAUCGAUGGUAAACAAACGCCAAGGCCGAGCAUUCGAUUAUCUCGUCCAAGGUUUGCAGCUAAGCCACGAAGCAGCUGCGUUCACGAAGCGCUUUACAACGGAAUUCUAUUGUCUCAACGAGAAGAAGCUUCAUCUUGUCCUUGACUUGGACCACACGCUUCUCCACUCUAUUAGGGUUUCACUUCUCUCCGAAACAGAGAAGUAUCUAAUCGAAGAAGCGUGUUCAACUACAAGGGAAGAUCUAUGGAAGUUGGACAUCGAUUACUUGACAAAGCUACGGCCUUUUGUUCACGAGUUUUUGAAGGAAGCCAACGAAAUGUUCACAAUGUAUGUUUAUACAAUGGGUACUAGAGUAUACGCCGAAUCCUUGUUGAAGCUGAUUGAUCCCAAGGGAAUCUAUUUUGGGGAUAGAGUGAUAACAAGAGACGAGAGUCCUUAUGUGAAGACGCUUGAUUUGGUUUUGGCUGAUGAGCGUGGGGUGGUCAUUGUGGAUGAUACGCGUGAUGUUUGGACCCAUCACAAGAGUAACCUAGUGGAGAUUAACGAGUACCACUAUUUCGGAGUCAAUGGCCCAGAAGAGUCAAAGUCUUACACGGAGGAGAAGAGAGACGAGAGUAAAAACAAUGGUGGAUUGGCCAAUGUUCUGAAAUUACUUAAAGAAGUUCACUAUGGAUUCUUCAGAGUCAAGGAAGAGCUAGAGUCACAAGACGUGAGGUUUCUGCUACAAGAAAUAGAUUUCAAACUUCUCACAAAAGACGCCUGAUUUGGUUUUGGCUGAUUGGCGUGGAGUGGUCACUGUGGUCUGUGGAUGAUAACGUGAUGUUUGGAUCAAUCACAAUUCACAAGUGUAACUUAGUGGAGAUUAGCAAGUUCAACUAUUUCAGAGUCAAUGGCCAACGAGAGUAAAAGUAUUACUCGGAGGAGAAGAGAGGUGGACUGGCCAAUGUGGAUUCUUCAGAGUCGAGGAAGAGUUAAGACUCACAGGACAUGAGUUUUCUGCUGAAAGAAAUAGACUUCAAAGUUGCAAAAGAAGAUCCAGUUGUUUCUGCUUCUGUCUUUUUAAAUGAGAUUCAUUAUGUAGAAACUUCAUUUUUAUUGUUUUCUGCAAGUAACAGGGUAUUAUUUCUGAAGGUUCAUGUAUUGAUGUUUAGUUUCUCUAAUAUAUGGUCAAUGCAAUG